AUGAAUCGCAUAAAAAACUGCCAAACAUUGCCCGAUAAUCCGGAUCUAGAAAUAUUAGGUAACCUGCUACAGAAGAUAAUUCGCGAAGAAAACGACGGAUUGUUAAAGUCAAAAUUAAAUGGAUUUAAAGAAGAGUUGGAAGCAGCUCUUGCUGCAAUAUCAGAAACAACAGAGUUUAAAUCAGAUGAAACACUGCGUGCUUCAGUGAAGCAGAUCCCUUCAAAUUACGGAGCAUACAUUCUUGGUUUAGUUGGUGACCGAAUACGAGACCGUGCUGGUGAUAACACAAACAGUGGUGGCAAAGGUGCAUACGAUUUAGCAAUCGCGUUUGCUCAAUUGGCAACGUACCGCGAUGUUGGAUUGAUAAAGAUGAUGACAGUACUGUUAAAAUCAGGAGAGAAAGGAAAUGAAUUAGCUGGUCAAUAUCAAACCCUCUUGGGUCAUAAUCGAGACGUUUAUCAGAGGCAUCUAAGCUUUUUUCAUACACCUUCCUUAGCAGUGGCACAAACCAUGGUCCACUAUUAUCCACCAGGGCAUAAUAAUCGCAGCCGAUUUCUCUACUCUUUUAUAAAAGCAAAUGGAAUACGUGAACCUGACGCAGUGCCCACUGGCCAUUAUGUCAUCAGAUCCAAGUAUUGGCCUGGUUAUUAUUUGCGGCGAAGUCUUUCUUCUGCUAUUAUUCCUCAUGAUAGAAUUGUGUAUUCCGUGAGUUAUAAUUGGGGCACUCCUACAACAAAUGACAAGAUCCAUGUUACAAAAAAGAGCGACGGCUAUUAUAGCUUUGAAUUGGUUGAUCCGCGAUUCAGCGAAGAUAAAUCGUAUAGGCAUCCGUUUUACACCUAUGUCUCCAUCGGCUCGUCUAACCAAUAUGUUCAAGUUAGCGACAGUAAUAAUCCAUCUCAUGCAAAUUUUAUCAUUAUCAAAUACAUGGCGCCAGAAGGUAUAGUCGUCACAAUAGCAGAAAAGGAUACAAAGACAAGAGCGUGGAAUGGUUUAAAAGACAAGUGGGCUGUAUAUCCAGAAGAAUUAACCAAAUCGAAUAAAGAUAAGGCGCCGUUUAUACUCCUGACAUGUAAAGCGCCUGAAGAAGGGUCAAUAUGUCCAGAUUGGAAUAAAUAAAUGGAGAUAAAAAAAGCUAAAACAAUGUCAGAAUGACUACAGUUGCUUUGUAAAACAUAAUUAGCCAGUGAUAAUGUUAAAGGUCAUAUC